AUGGGGGAGGUCUUUCUCGACAAGACGAUUAGCCUACUCUCGUCAGACAAACAGAAGGCCCGCUCGGAUGACUUGAAGCACAUAUUCCAGCAGAACAAGAAGAGCUCCAAGCUACAGACACUCAAUGACAAGGCUUGCCACAAGAUCUUUGAAUCGCUAUUUCGUUUCGUCGCAGCAGAAAGGUCAAUAUAUAAUCGAGCCCAAAAGUCCUCAAAAACCCCUUCCGCAUCGCGACUCUCGACAUGUGCUUCCGUACUCCGAAUGGCUGUUGACCUCUUCCUGAGAAACUUAAGAAUCAAAACGGUCCGCGCCAUCGUUGACCACAUUACUGAGACCAUACCGGCCCCUGGGGAAGGUCUAUGGGAACCCUUGAGCCUGGACUAUACCAAAUGUUUGGCGUCGCUUCUACGCUACCGUCCUCAUACUGAGCAUCUUGACGAAGAAGACUGGGAAAACCUCAUAAGCUUUUGCCUUGCCAGUAUUAGUCCCCAGGAGAAUGAAGAAAGCCAAUUGAGUAUUCGAAGCGGUUAUCGAUCCGUUCCCGAAGAUCAAGAUGCCAGCGACAGCCGUUCAACCCCUCAAGGAUUGCCAUCGCCCCCGCCUCACAUCAAUGCAGUCGUUACAAAAGUCAUGUUUGAUCAAUCGGAGCUUGUCCGUUCGGUUCUCUUGGGCCUGGUUCCAGUAAUUCGACGCCUAUGGGCCACUAAGUUACAGCUUCUCAAGGAAGAGCUAAUUUCCACCUUGAUGCUGUCGAUGGUCGUCCUCGUGGACACUGCUCGAAAAGAUCCAUCUGAAUCUCUGGCACAUGACAUUGAAGCAUUAGCCAGUACACUUCAUUCGGAAUAUGUGAAACGGGCAGAAAAGGAGAUUCUGCAAAUUGACGAAACAACGCUUUAUCACAAUGAAGCAUGCCGGAGCAGGCCGGUGUAUGGACCUUGCCUCGGAACUGCUAGAUCGGAGCAUAAUUGGACAGUCCUCUGGUUGAUUGCAGAACUGCUCAAGCUCUCGGAUGGUAUCCAUACCCGAAUCAAGUCUGAGUCUGAGUCAGUACGCGAAGGCUCGAACAAAAGGCAGCGCUUCAGUUCCGAGAUCCAGGACGUAUUUCGAGACUCGGUCUCAGCCACAGGUACAAGGAGGAUAUGUGCAUUACAACUGAUCCCAUUUCUUGAAUCCGAGGUUGACAUUGAGACGAAGGAGUCCUUCUUGAAGCAGCUUUUUCUGAACGUCUCUGAUGGCAAUGAUGCUGUGUCAUCCUGGACAAUGGUUGCUCUGACAAGUCGAACUUACUACGCGUGCAUUCUCAUCUCCGGUGAUAUCGAGAGCUGCGUGCAACCUAGUGAGUAUGAUUUUGCAGUCCGACUUGUUGGAUUACUCAGUAGCUAUGGAGACAACGCGGUCACUCUUGACUUCUGCCAAUGGGCCAUCCGCUAUCUCAGACUCGUCCUUAAGGCUAUGGGCCUCAAUUGCACGAAUGAGGACACAGCUCGAUCCUGGGUCGGCUCAACAAACCUCGAUACAGAUAUGUAG